AUGUCACUCUUAAUAGGCUUAGGCCAUGAGGAUACUCACUACGUGGAUGGAUGGCGACGCCACAACGAGCGACUCGUUGAAUUCACGCACACAAAUUCUUACCAGGGGCAAUCCCGCAUAGGCCGGAUCUAUAUCCGGCACGACUGGUACGGGAGAACACGCUUGUGGGGUAUGGUCACGCCCUGCCUCAAGACAGAUCACCGGGCAGUCUAUGCGGAGCUCGACACCCCGAGCAGCAUACAAUGGGGACCCGGCCGGUGGAGGCUGAACCCUACUACAUUGGAUAACCACAGGAUAAGCGGCGUGUGCAAGGCCCUGAUCAAGGAAUUGGCACUCUCCGAAGGAGCCACCUUCGAUGAUUGGAUCAAAGCCAAAGCGGUCCUAGCGGCCAUGUUGGCGCGAAAUAUCCAAGAACAAGAAGCGAAGGGCGGCAGCGAAGUCAACAGCCCUAAGGUUGGAAAGGAAACGACUCAGGCUAACUGGCAAGCGCACGGUACUUAG